AUGAUGAGAGCCGUGGCCUCAAACGCGAGCCUGAGGGGGCUGCCCUUGAAGAAAGAGCCGACAUUAAGGAGGAUUUUUGGAUCCCUGCUGGGCACGCUAGCUCAGUUCAAGGCUGCAGAAGAGGGCUCUGCCAACCUUGAGGUCAGCAAGCGGCGAGCAGCGCUGUUGCAGAAGGCAGAGCAGCGCUCCAGCAAUGCCUCCAGACUCGCGAGGGAGACCCUGCUCCGCCAGCAGAAGGAUGCCAGGGCGGAGGCCGUGGCAGAGCGGGCCAGGGUGGCCAUCGAGGCCAAUCUGAAGCGGGUGGAGCUGCUGACGGCGCAGCGGCUGGCGCGGCAUGCAUGCUGGGACGCCCAGUACCUCCUCACGCCUGCCAGCGCAGGACCCCGCCUGUACUGGAGGCCUGCUAAGGACAGUGUGGCCACCGCUGGGCUGUGGGCUGCACACAAGCUGGAAAGAGCGGAGUGGAAGGCCGCUCAGCUGGCUCGCCUGGCGGAGGAACAGGAGGCGGUGAGAUGCUGGGACCAGGGAGACCCACCCCCGCCGCCGGAACAGUCCUCACCUGCGCAAGAUAUGGCGGUUGAGGAGGGUGAACCCCGGAGCGCACCCCUUGAACCCUCAGUGCCUAUAUCCGAGGAGCAUCCGAACCUGUCUGCGGAAGCGCCAGCCGACGGUCCGGAGCAAAGUGCCCUGCCCCUCGAUACGGUCCUGGAUGUGAUUGAGGAUGUCUGA